UAUACAGUUUGAGAUACGCCCCCCGCAGAACCGCAGAACAGCUGGUUUGACACAAUCGUUCAUUCAUGUGCAAAAAAAUAAAUGAACAAUUUUGCACUCGUGGAGUAAAAAUUGUAAUUUAAUUAAAUAGUAUCGUCCUAGGCUUUAAUUUCAUUUCGUGUUUUACCAUUAAUUUGCGUACCAAAUAUUUCUAUGUACGGUUACCUGAGAUCUGAAUCAUUGGAAUUAGCGAUUGAAUAACCACCUGUUUUCGUUAACGGAUUAGUCGAAAUUCGUUAAUUUUUAAUAUGUCUUGUUACUUUCGGCAAAACGCCGAGACCAGUGUCAGUAUUCCAAAGUAUAUAGAAUCGUCCACUGGCGUUGUCUACUAUGACAUCAAAGUGCGCGUGUACCAGGUGGAGUGGUUGGUGGAACGACGUUAUCGCGACUUUGCUCAACUUCACGAAAAGUUGGUGGACGAAAUAUCAAUUUCAAAGAAGUUGCUGCCACCCAAGAAACUGGUGGGCAAUAAAAAUCCCGCAUUUCUCGACCAACGGCGGGAACAGCUAGAAAAAUAUUUGCAGGAAUUGUUGAUAUUCUUUCGUAUACAAUUACCGUGCGUAUUGGCAGAAUUCUUAGAUUUCAAUAAAUACGAUAUAAUUUAUCUGCUGCAGGACUUGGCAAAGUUAUUUAACGAAUCCGGAAGCACGCUUUUGAGCUCCAAAAAGGAGUUUAACUUUUCCGCAUUAGAGGUUUAUGCGAUAAGCGAACGCUUGUGCCUGCCUUGUCCACCGGAUAAUAUCGAACACCGUGGCAAAUUUGACUUUUCACAUGUGCUCGACUUCUGCACCCAGUUAGAGGUGCUCAUUGUCACGCCUGUGAAGGAUAACACUUCCUUCAACAACGACUAUAACACAGUUGAUGUGCCUAUCGGCCGCAGCAAUAUUAUCCCCAAGAAUCUCCGUUUCACACUAAACGCAUUCCGUAAUAUUAAAACUCUAAAAUUCCAUGGGCUGUCCACCGAAAAUAUAGUCGACAUUGCAAUUCUGAAACCAACAAUGCAGACUAUUUGUGUGCAUAGCACCACAAUGACACACAUCAAUCAAAUACUCAUGUGCGACAACAUACACAGAGAUACGGUUGUAGCUGCAGCAUCAGCGUCUGCUGCGCCAGAUGAUCUAUCUUCAAAUAGUUCUGCAGCAGCGUUAUCAACCUCGACUGGUAGCUGCAUCGAUGCGCCCAUGUCUAGUGGCUUGCCAUACGUGCAUACAAAUUGGAGCAAUCUCGCCGAACUCGACUUGACAGGCAAUUUACUCACGCAAAUUGAUGCCAGCGUGCGUACUGCGCCGCAAUUGCGUACGCUUGUGCUCGACCAGAAUCGAAUACGCGCCGUGCAAAAUCUAGCCGAACUCUCACAAUUGCAGACUCUGUCAUUAUCGGUUAACCUCAUAGCUGAAUGCAUUGAUUGGCACUUGGAAUUGGGUAAUUUGGUCACUUUGAAUUUAGCACAGAAUCGGUUGAAGACGUUAAGUGGUCUGCGAAAGCUACUGUCUUUGGUCAAUUUGGAUUUGAGUUGUAAUCUCAUUGACGAACUCGAAGAAGUGGACAAUGUGGCACGACUGCCGAUAUUAGAAACAUUACGUUUGACCGGCAAUCCGCUGGCGGGGAGUGUGGACUAUCGGCCGCGUGUUUUGUCUCGUUUUCAUGAACGCGCCGCUGAGAUCUCGCUUGAUAGUGAGCGUGGCACGCAAAAGGAGCUGGACACCGCGCUGGUGCUGUCAGCUUUGCAUACAUCGAAGAUGCGGCAAAUGAGUUGUAAUGGACAGCGUUAGAAAGUGCGUGCCGUCUCACAGGUAUGGUGCCAAAUUCGAAAACGCCAAAUUUAAUAAACGAGUACCUAAAAGUAGACUACGCUUAUGAUGACUUUUAACCACUGUGCUUUCAACGCUGCUUAACGUUUUCAAAGCAAGCUGAAGAGUCCACGCUAGCUAGACAAAUAAUUGCAGUAUUUUGCUCAAAACUCGACGUACUUGGUAUUUUAUUUUCGUUUCUCUAAAAGAAAACAUUCCCCCAUGUUUUUUGUUUCUUUCGAUGCAAUAUUUUACCCUAUUUUGUAUUUGUUUUAUUGAUAUGUAUAUACUAACCAAUAAUCGUGGUCACACAUAAAUUUAACUACAUAUAAUGCAAAAAUUAUGAAAACGGUUGGGUUGUUUUAUCAAAUUUAUUCAAACACGAAAGAACAAAUUUUUUACAAUUUGAUUUUGCGCGAAAGUUAUUUAAAUAAAUUGCACCACCAACUAAUGGACACACUUGCGCAUGCGCUUGACAAUAUCUCGUUAGAUGCUUUUAAAUAAAAAUGUAAAUCAAAGCGCUACAUGUA